CCCAAGUGAGCACGACCUGGCUCCGGGACUAAAGGCGUGCUAAUUAUCUAUCUUGGUCUCCAAACACCUGUUUGUGAAUGGAAGGACGCCGCAAGCGGGUCGUCACUGAAAACAAAUAUUGUUGGCUGCAACUGCGUUAAAACAGUGUACAUGCCCCUAAUCCAUCGCACCAUGGCAGACACUGAUCUUGACUUCACCACCGGAGAGUCUGGCGCCUCCGCCACCAUUCCUAUGCAGUGCUCUGCCCUGCGAAAGAACGGCUAUGUGGUGUUGAAGGGACGCCCUUGCAAGAUCGUGGAAAUGUCCACCUCCAAGACAGGAAAGCACGGACACGCCAAGGUUAACAUGGUGGGCAUUGACAUCUUCACCAACAAGAAGUAUGAGGACAUGUGCCCCUCCACCCACAACAUGGACGUGCCCCACAUCAAGAGGAAUGAGUUCCAGCUGUUGAACAUCACUGAUGGGUUCAUGUCCCUCAUGGGUGACAAUGGAGACGUGAGGGAGGACCUGCGCGUGCCUGAUUCAGACCUGGGCAAGGAGAUUGAGCAGAAGUUUGCCGCUUCAGAGGAUAUCCUGGUCUCUGUGCUGUCUGCUAUGGGGGAGGAGUGUGCUGUGGCCAUUAAGCAGAUGACCGGUGGCAAAUAGAAAGACAGGACUGACCUGCCCAGGCAACAAACUCCACCCACAACCAGUCUCUAGUAUUCUUAUUGGUUCUUCUGUCACCAAAGCGACGGCCUUCACAGACAACCUCAAUCAUUCUGUUGUGAUUACUCCUUUGUUUUUUCCCCUCUCGUUUUUUGGUUUCUCUCUCUCCGACGCUGUCGGACUGUCCCAGCGUUACUGCGGCACGCUCGCUGUGUUGGCUGGCAUUCUGCCGGAUCACUGAGGUUUUGUUUAGUUCUACAUAAUCUACUAUAUAAAGAAAAGUACUUAUUGGUGAAAUAUAGAUUCUUUUUUUGACUUCUUCCUCA